AUGAGUCGCGCCGGUAAACUUGCUCCGGAGGUAAAUCGAGCUUUGUUCGUCAAGAAUCUAAGCUACAACGUGACACCGGAGGAGCUCUUCGAGCUCUUCGGCAAGUACGGGCCCAUCCGCCAGGUCCGCCAGGGCAUUGCGUCCAACACAAAGGGAACUGCCUUCGUCGUCUAUGAAGACGUCAUGGAUGCGAAGCAGGCGUGCGACAAGUUGAACGGCUUCAACUUCCAGGGUCGCUACCUUGUCGUACUAUACCACCAGCCAGAGAAGAUGGCCAAGUCAAAAGAGGACCUCGAGGCACGCAAGGAGAAUUUAGCGCAGCUCAAGAAACAACACGGUAUCGAUUGA